AUGGCCUCGAAAAAUAACGGUCUGUUGGAAUGUCCGAAAAAGGAUGGAAUGAAAGUCCAAGGUAAUGCUAUCAAUGCAUUACUUGUGAAUGAAACUGUUCGGGAUCUCAUUAAAUUUUUUGAUAAUCCCGAACCUGCUGCGGUUCAAUGUCAUAGAUGUGCGACCAAUGAAGCUGACUAUUGGUGUGAUGGUGAUUGCAGACACUGUUUUUGCUCUGACUGUUGGAAUACCAUCCACGAAGUAGGUCAAUACCGCACUCAUACGAGACGUUCUGUUGGAGACAGACCUCGUGAGGUACCUCAAUGCCAAGGUCAUGGUGAUCAUUCCAUACAAUUUUGGUGCGAACAAUGUGCGAGAGAGAUUUGUGGUGAGUGUCAACAAACACAACAUGCGGGCCAUACGUCUACUGAAAUUGGUACUUAUGUGAGGCAAUUAAAAGAACAGUGCGAAGUUCGUUUGGAAGGAGUUCAGGCGUCGUUGAACUACCGAUCGGAUCGAGCGGAUAAACUGAUUACCGAAGUGGAAAAGGAAAGUGAAUUCAAUCAAACUCGGGUCCGUGAAACCAUGCAAAAUCUUCGCAAUCUGAUCGAUCGACGAGAAGAGACUUUGCUGGGUGAAAUUCGUCAAGUAGAGACGGCUGAUAAAAGCGCAAUCGAAGAACAUAAACUUUUGCUUCAAGACGAACAACAGAAUUUAAUUGAACAGGUGUUAAAUUUUGCUGUUGUUUCCAAAGAUGAACAACCGCAAAGACUUUUGAAUGCUAGAAGACCGUUUGACGAUUUUAUUAGAAGGGCAGACGCGAGGCUGUCAGACCUUAAACCACGGUCAAGAAUCAAAAAUCAUGUCACAGGUCUCGAAGAUUUGGCUACUCUACAAACUAAAAUUGAAAAUGUCAAAUUCGAACCACUAAGACACACAAACCCAAAUGUUGAACAGAUUUUCGAUAAUAAUCCGAACAGUACAACACUCAACUUGAGUUCAUCGAGACUCAAAGAUCUAGAUAUAGAACUUGUGGCGAAUAGAUUAGCAUGCCACAGGACACUUACAACGUUAAAAUUGUAUAGCAGUGAAAUUAGUGAGAUGGGAGCACAGUAUUUAGCCGACGCUCUUCGAACGAAUCAAACACUCACUAAUCUGGAAUUGCAUAACAAUAAAGUCGGAACUGAAGGAUUGGAACAUUUUGCUGAUGCACUACGGACGAACAAAACGCUAACGAUACUGACUUUGUAUCAUAAUGGUAUCAAGAAUGAAGUAGCACAGUGUAUUGCGGAUGGACUGAAAACUAAUAAAAGAAUGGAAACUCAGAUUCGAAAUGUUAACGACAUACCAGUACCAACAUGUGCCAAUGAAGUUCUUUUACGAAAGAUCACUGAUAAUGGAAACAACACCACUUUAAAUUUAUCGUCUUCCAAUCUAACUGAUCAAGAUAUGGAAUUUGUAGCUUAUACGCUGAAAACAAAUACGGUUGUCACUACAUUAUAUUUGAAUGACAAUCAAAUUGGAGUUGUUGGGACAGAAUAUCUAGCCGAUGGUUUACAAAUGAACAGAACGCUAAAGGAGUUAUAUCUAAAUCAGAAUCAAAUUGGAGAUGUCGGGGCACAACAUAUUGGUAAAGCAUUGGAAACUAAUCGAACACUAACUCGCUUGGAUAUUUACACCAACCAAAUCGGACCUAUCGGAGCUGGACAUCUGGCAGAAGCAUUGAAAGUUAAUACAACACUUAAUAUUUUGGAUCUUCGAAAUAAUCAGAUUGGUGAAAAUGGAGCUCAGCAUCUAGCAAAUGCUUUAACGGUUAAUAGAAGUUUGACUUACAUCGAUUUGCGUUGGAAUCAAAUCGGAGAUAAUGGAGCAGAAAAAUUAGCCGAAAUGUUACGAACAAAUCAAACACUGCAGCAGCUUUGGUUAUCUAAUAAUCAGAUCGGAGACGGUGGAGCUCAGCACAUCGCAAAUGCGUUAACAACUAACCAAAUACUUACUCAAUUGGGACUUUCUAAAAAUGGAAUUACUGACACAGGUGCGCAAUACUUAGCUAAUGUUCUUCGAACUAAUCAGACGUUAACUCACCUUAAUUUGGGAGGAAACCAAAUUAAAGAUACUGGAGCACAGCAUCUUGCCGAAGUAUUGAUAAGAAACCAGAUUCUUACUGGUCUGGAUUUGAAUGGAAAUCAAAUUACAAACACAGGAGCACAACAAUUAGCCAAUGCGCUGAAUAACAAUAGGAAAUUUAAUCAUGAAAAUUGUUACUUCGAGAACCGAAAUGACACGAGAAACACAACAUUAACGCAUCUAUAUCUACAUGAAAAUCAAAUCAAGGAUGAGGGCGCCCGACACCUCGCUGCUAUGCUGACUCAGAAUCAAGGACUCAAGGAGUUGUCUCUUUCUUAUAAUCAAAUUGGAAAUGACGGAGCACAACAGUUGGGCAACGCAUUGGGGCAGAACAGAACAAUACAAGUCAUAUACCUAGUUAAUAAUAACGGUAUCUCCAAUGCAACGAGAACCAAUAUACAACAGCAACAACCACGAAUCAAAUUCUCUAUUUGA